AUGGAUACUUCUGUGACAAAAGAUAACAAAAGAAAAUUUAAUGGUCAUGAUAUAGAAGAUCAACAAGAACAACAACAAGAACAACUACAACAACUACUACAAAAACAACAACAAUUAAAACUACAACAACAACAACAACUCCAACAAUUAAAGCAACAAGAACAAAAUUUAAAUGAUGAAAACAGUAACGACAAAAACAACAACAACAACAACAACAACAACAACAACAAUAACAAUUAUCUCAAUGAUGACGAUGCAUCUUCACCUCAUCCUUUAAAGAGGGCGUCAUAUGGCAAAGACAGAUCACCAACCUUUUAUAAAGAUUGGAGAAUAGGAAAAAUUAGUAUUCUUAAUAACAAUAAUAAUGAACAUAAUAAUAAUAAUAAUAAUACUGAUCAUAACAACAAUGAUAAUAAUAAUAACAAUAAUAAUAAUUUUAAUAGUCAACAAUCACUGCCACCGCCAUCACAAAUCAAUACUAUUAAUGAUAUAAAUAAUAAUAAUAAUCCAAGUAACAGUAUCGAUGUAAUAAAUCAACAACAAAGCAGCAUAGAAGAGAUUGAAGAGAUCCAAAGAGAGAGAUUAGAGAGAGAUAAAAUGUUGCAUGACGACCAAAGUUAUGAUCAAUUGGUCAUCUUUAAGUACGGCGAUGGAGAAGAAGGUGAGACAAUCACACAACAACAACAACAAGCUUUGGAUUCAAGUGGAAACAUUAUGAUUGGAUCUAAAAGAAAGAGCCGUAUUCAUAGUCGUGGCCAUGUAGACGACGAUGAUCAAUCAACAGCUGGAUCGUCAACAACAACCAUUGACAAUAAUCACGACGGUGGUGAUUCCAUGAUAUUAGAGGAUAUGGAUUCUCACACACACCACGACAACGACAAUGAUCAUGAUGAUCAUGGCAACCAAUCACAUGUCAAUCAUGAUGAUUUGGGAGGUGAUAGCCACAACAACACAGAUGAUGACAGUGGUUACAUGUUGGACGACUCUCGUGCAAAUAGUCCAACCAAACAUCUUGAUGACAUUGCAGACGACAGAGAUGAUUCACUAGCCAAGGACCCAAGUGAAUCAGUUGACACACCUUCCAAGCCCAACAGUGGUGAUCAAACUGUUACUACGCCAUCCUAUCAUCACGCAGACGACGACGAAGAAGAUGAAGAGGACGAUAUCAAUAUUAGAAUUCAAUCGGCUUCCAACAACAAAUCACUCAAGCUAUCAUUGUCAAAUUGUUGGUUAAAAUCAAUCCCGGUCGAUGUCUAUUCGCUCAUGGAAAUUAGAGAUUUGGAUUUAUCAGCAAACCAAUUGAAAAAGGUAUCAAAAUCGAUUGGAACUUUAAUUCAUUUAAAAAGAUUAAGAUUAAAUCAUAAUCAAUUGACUGUUUUACCAAAAGAGUUGUAUUCAUUGACAAAAUUGACCACACUCUACCUCAACAACAACAACAUCAAGGCGAUACCAAAGGAUAUUAGAAAUCUAACAAGUUUAAAGGUAUUGGAUCUCUCGUUUAAUCAAAUCACCGAUAUUCCAUCUUCAACCAACUUUAACCAAAUGUCUUCAUUGGUAGAGCUUAGACUCAGAUACAACCAACUAUCUAGUCUUCCUUCCAACAUGCUCGAAUGCACACAACUUCAAGUCCUAUGGCUAGAGGGUAACCGAUUGCCCCUCCAAAAGAGUAUGCUCAAAAAAUCACCCAUUGAGAUUCUUUCAUUUCUCAAGCAAUACAAGCCACCUGCCACCAAACACAACAAACAACAACAACAACAAACAGACCGACAAAACCACGCUCAGCCACCAUCAAUCAAUGUGGCUUCGACCAUUGCUGUAGCUCAAGCCUUUGCCCAAAAGGAGAUUGACAUUAAAAAGAGGAAAAAGGAAAACCUAAACGAAAUCAAAAAACAACAUCUCGAGACGGAAGCAAAGCUCAAACAACUCGAGGAAGAGUUGGUUCUUGCCAAUGCAAAGGCAACCAAGUUUGAAGAAGAGGCUGCCGUCCUUCAUCAACUGCAUCAUCAACAACAACAACAAUUGCAACAACAUACAGUUGCAAGUUUGCCUCAAAUACUUUUAACUAAUCAACCACAGCUCUGGGAGAAUCCAAUGGCUUCACCUCCUCACAUUAAUACGCCACCAAUGAAUGUCUCACCCACCAUUACAAGCAGCAGUCAAAAUGUCACACAAGCAAUAUCACAAAUCACCCUUUUAUCACCGCACAACAACAAUAACAACGCAUCUCAACCUUCAACACCGACCAACAACCAACCCACCCUCCAAGGGUUAAAUGAACAAAUCAUCCAAUCCUCUAUUCAACAACAAAUGUUACAAAAUCAACAACAUAACUUUGCCAUGCCUUCUGCGCCGAGACAGAUGAUUCUUUCUACACCACCCCCUGCCCCCAUCAAAGAAGUCUUUGAAUGGGAGGUGCCACUUUCAGAAAUUACAUUGGGCAUGAGAAUAGGUAGAGGAGGGUAUGGUCAAGUAUUUAGGGGAAGCUGGAGAGGAACCGAAGUUGCUGUCAAGAUGUUGUUCAAUGACAACCUCAAUCAAAAAUUGCUCAGCGAUCUCAGAAAAGAAGUAGAUCUCUUGUGCAAGCUUCGGCACCCAAACAUUGUCCUUUUUAUGGGAGCAUGUACAGAACCUGGCUCACCUUGUAUAGUCACAGAAUAUCUUCAAAAAGGAGCGCUCAGCAGCAUCUUGCAAGACGAUAAUGUUCAAAUGGAUUGGGGUCUCAGAUUGCAACUCGGAUACGAUUGCGCUCGUGGCAUGACCUACUUGCACUCUCGUAAUCCAGUUAUCAUUCACCGCGAUCUCAAAACCGACAACUUGCUAGUCGAUGACAGUUGGCAAGUAAAGGUUGCUGAUUUUGGUUUGGCCACUGUCAAGUCGCACACUUUUGCCAAGACAAUGUGCGGUACCACCGGUUGGGUUGCUCCUGAAGUUUUGGCAGAGGAAGGUUAUACCGAAAAGGCAGACGUUUAUUCUUUUGCCAUCGUCCUCUGGGAGUUGCUCACUCGCCAAAUUCCAUACGCCGGAAAGAACACCAUGCAGGUUGUUAGAUCAAUCGAUCGUGGAGAACGAUUGCCAAUCCCAGAAUGGUGUCCUGCUUCAUAUUCUUCUCUCAUUAAUAAGUGUUGGGAUACGGAUCCAUCUCAUCGCCCUUCAUUUCCAGAAAUUCUCCCUCUCUUGGAUCACAUGAUUUCAGAGUUUCAAGUGGAAAAGAAAAGCGGUAACCCCCCUCAUGUAGGUCCACCCUCUCAACAGCCUCAACUAUUACAACCAAAUAUUUAUCAUCCAGCACAUCAACCACUGGUACCUCACAAUCCAAUGCCGUUGCCUCCUGGUCAACAACAACAAUAUCAUUUCCAACAACAACAAGCAACAACUACAACAACAACAACAACAGCAACAACAACAACAACAACAAUAUCAUUUUCAACAACAGCAACAAUUACAACAACAACAACAACAACAACUGCAACAACAACUUCAACUUCAACAACAACAACUAUUAUCGGACCAAAACAACAACAAUCAACAACAACAACUCCAUACCCCUCCAACCCAGAUAAAUAA